GCCGUCUCCUCCUGGAUGUUAUACCAACGCAAACACGUCUCUGGCGGAGCGAGCGGCGUGCGCCCGGAUGUUUUGGAGGAGAAAAGCACUGGCUGUCCCUCCAACUAGUAGCGACCUCCUUCAUUCAGUAAGUUUGGAGGCUGAUGAAACUUUUUCUUGAAUGAGAACUGCGCCGCUGGCUGGCACAUCUGGACGCAGGAGGAGCUGUCAAGACCUGAUCCUGAUCCCCUCUCCCUUGAUUUUUCACCAAGUUUGAGACGGAAUAUUGGAAUUAGAUUGAACUAAACGCUACACUACAAAUUUUGCAAGUUUUUCUUUUUUUUUUCUUUUCUUUCUUUUUUUUUUUUUUUUUAUUUAAAAGGCGCAAAAUGGAUCACUUGCUGCUCAGACUGACAUGCAUCCUGGUGGUUAUCUGUCUCUUGGAUAAAAGGGUAGACUCCAAUGAAAUCUUGGGCCUGAAGCUUCCCAACAUCGAGCCGAUCCUGAAUGCCAACACGGUGUGUCUGACACUGCCAGGUUUGACACGGCGCCAGCUGGAGGUGUGCAUGCGCAACCCAGAUGUGACGGCUUCAGCGAUCCAGGGAAUCCAGAUUGCCAUCCACGAGUGCCAGCACCAAUUCAGAGGUCACCGCUGGAACUGCUCGAGUCUGGAGACCAGAAACAAAAUACCCUACGACAGCAUAGUCUUUAAAAGAGGUUUUAGAGAGAGCGCUUUUGCAUACGCCAUUGCAGCGGCAGGCGUGGUGCACGCAGUGGCCAACGCCUGCUCCAUGGGCAAGCUGAAGGCGUGCAGCUGCGACGAGAAGCGCCGCGGGGACGAAGAGGCCUUCCGCAUCAAACUGCACCGCCUGCAACUGGAGGCCAUCCACAGAGGGAAAGGCAUGGUGCACGGCGUCAUGGAGCACUUCCCCGCUGACCUGCCGGGGCCCCAGGACUCCUGGGAGUGGGGCGGCUGCAGCCCCGAUGUGGAAUUCGGAGAGAAGUUCUCGCGGGAUUUCUUAGACGCCCGUGAGACCUAUAAAGACAUCCACGCUCGAAUGAGGCUGCAUAACAACAGAGUGGGAAGACAGGUGGUGCUCGACCACAUGAGCAGGAAAUGCAAGUGCCACGGCACGUCGGGGAGCUGCCAGCUGAAGACCUGCUGGCAGGUCACUCCGGAGUUCCGGGUGGUGGGCUCCAUCCUCAAAGAGCGCUUCCACAUCGCCACGCUCAUCAAGGCUCACAACCGAAACACCGGGCAGCUGGACCACUCCCACAACAACCACCACCGGGAGCACAACCAUCACCACCACAACCACCACCACCAGCACAACCAUCACAGGGACCACAAUCACCACCACCAUCACCAUCACCCGCACCGGCGGCGGCCCAGCAUCAACGAGCUGGUCUAUUUUGAAAAGUCGCCAGAUUUUUGCGAGCGGGACCUGGGGUCAGACUCGGCGGGCACGCAGGGCCGGAUCUGCAACAAGACCAGCCCCGGCAUGGACAACUGCGAGAGCCUGUGCUGUGGGAGGGGUCACAACAUCCUGCAGCAGACGCGGAGCGAACGUUGCAACUGCAAGUUUCACUGGUGCUGCUAUGUGGUCUGUGAAGAGUGCAGGAUAACGGAGUGGGUCAGCGUUUGUAAAUGAAGAAAUGCACAACAACCAAAAAACUGAGUACAAACAAGCCAAGAAAAGAGAUGUUUUAAAGUCCAGACUAUCAGCUCCAAAAGUGGGGGAUAUGACUGUAAUAUACAUGCCCCAGUUCUUUUGAUUUUUGCUACGGACUGCAGUUUUUUUCUUUGCAGAAAACAUAGCAAGAGUGAUGCUCGGCAGCAGCUUCACCAGCAAGAAAGAGAGAUGUGUAUGUUGUAACGAGUGUGCAUGUGCAGCAUAUGUCAAAAAGUCGCCACGACUGCGGGACUCCCUGUUGAGACCACAGAUAUACUGGAGGAGCGUCCGAAAAAAAAAAAAAAAAAUGGAGUGACAGAUGGCUGCAGGACAUUCCAGCAAAGCACAGAGGGAGGAGGCUGUAAGCAGCAGGUUACGAACCAGGAAGAAGUCAGAGAGCAAAAUAAAUAUGCAUGAAACUAAAAAAUAAAAAAAAUAACAAAAAACAAAAACACAUACAAACACAUACAAUAAAAACCAAUGUUUUGAUAAUGCAUCCAUAAAUCCAUGCAGACCUUUCAUUUCAAGACUCAUACAGCACAGGGGUAACAUGGGACACCAUAUCUGAAGCACUUAAGGAUAUUUACCUUGGUCAACAAUCAUCCAGAGCUUCUUAUAUUUAUUUAGUGCAGCUACCAUGUUGUAUUCAGAACACACCGGGCUCAACAGACACAAGAUCAUACCAGUCAUUAUAAUACUGCCAGUUUUCCGCUGCCAAAAAUGAUUUGUAAAGUACACUUGCACACUUUAUUAAGAAUGUUGGAGUUUAGUUCAAGGACAGAGGGGACAUCAAGAAUUGCAUUAAGCUUUUUUUGUGUAAAGGAGACAACAGCAGCAACUAUGAAUCUAAGUCGCUCAAGCUAAAGUCAAUCAAAAGACUGAUCUUGAGGCCCUGAUUGCUGCUUCCUGGGAAUCCCCAUAUCAGCAGCCGAGAGCGUUUCCUUUCCUCUAAUGGAGGAUGUUGAGAUAAGAUUAACACAAUUGCGCUUCAAACAGUCUUAGAGUCAGUAGCACUCCUUAUCCACACGAUAGGAUUGAUAUUGUCAAAAUCAUAUUAAGACACAGCCUUGCACCACUGUUUUCCUCCCAUAACAGAGCACAUGGUUCGAACCGACGUAUUCCAAAAUGUUCCAUGUGUGGUCCGUGUUGCGUGUGGUACGUAAUGUAAUAGAAGACUGUCGAGAGUGCACGGUAAACCUUCAUUUAACAAGUGCAGUUUUCAACCCCGUCCGAACAGCACUGUAAAUAAAAAUGAAUAAUGCUGCGCGAACGCCAUCAUUAAUUUCAAAGUGCCUCGGGAAACUGAGUGCACAGCAACAGGCUCCAGUUCCUCACACUAUAAACAUCCCAAACUGUCAUCAAUCAAAGUGUUUCCUGUUUUGUGAUGCAAUGUACUGUGUGCAACACUGUAAGCUUCGUGUAAAAAUAUCCACACUCACCUUCCUUACACUCCUUUAACGCGUACAACAGGGAUCUUCUGAUGUCAGCUUUAAAGUAUAUAUAGUACAUAUAAAACACCGAUGUGGAUUAUUGCUUAUGUACAUUCAUAAGAUCAUAUGUGAUCUCAAGGAACGUGUAUGAGUCAGACUUCUUAUCAGACAGUGUAAUUUAUUUCAAGCAAAUGUAUUUCUGUGUUAAAAGCAGAGGGGG